AUGGCAGGAGAGGUCGUGGUCGGCGCGCGCCUCCAUUGGCACAGCCACUCGCAGCACAAGCGUAUCGACGUCGCCAAGGUACUUAACCAAGUGCUUGCAUUCUGCGACCGUGCAGCCACGUAUGCCGAUGGCGGGAUCCUGAUCGCUGUCGGUCUUCCCAUCGCCAUGGCCGGAUCGCUCACAGCUGCUCAUGUAUCUACGACUGACGACUUUAUCGCGUCCGUGCGCGAGCUCUGCACUCACCUGCAGCGUGAGACGAGUGUACGACCAUUUUUUGGUCGAGUGAGGAUCAUUCCUAUGCUUUAUUGGGGGAAGUUCGUGCCGGCUUUGAACGCGUUGAUCAAGACAGCGGCCGAGCAGUUUCCAAAGGCCACCUCUUUGCUCUUGCAGUCGCUCGAAAUGGACGUCGAUACGACGAGCAUCGAGUUGCUACACUCGCAUUUUGACCACUCGCGUGACCUCGUGGUAGGCGCGGCAAUGCCGGGCCACGACUUCCAGCCGGAUCCUGAGAGCCAGCCGAUUGAACUGAGUGGGUUGACGUCGCCGUGGAACACACUCGCGCUGUGGAACCUGGAGCAACUGGCCAAAGUGGGCUUUGUUUUGACGGGCGACGCGUUGCGCCUCGAGCUGUAUGCCAACACUACGUCCCCUACGACGGCCAAGUUGGUGCGUGUGCCGAACACUGCGUGGCAAGUAGACACAAUGCAGGACCCCGAGCGCUGUGCUUGGCAUGAGAAGAAGAUGGCGAGCAAGCAACAACGCGCAGCUGCCCAGAUUACCCACUUCGGUGGCGUCUCCCCUAGUCGUGUGUUUCACUUGGAAGCCUGA